AUGCGCCUGUGCUAGCUAGUAGCUACACACCAAACGCUUUACUGGGAUUUCAGGUGACGACUGGCUUUCUGGUGGUUACAUUUUGUUUUAAAUCGGUCAGCAACAUAGUCACUAUGCCAACAAUUAAGCUGCAAAGCUCUGAUGGAGAAAUGUUCGAGGUGGAUGUUGAAAUCGCUAAGCAAUCUGUGACCAUAAAAACCAUGCUAGAGGAUUUAGGUAUGGAUGAUGAAGGGGAUGAUGAUCCUGUCCCUCUUCCCAAUGUGAAUGCAGCCAUCCUCAAAAAGGUGAUUCAGUGGUGCACACAUCACAAAGACGACCCCCCUCCACCAGAGGAUGAUGAAAACAAAGAGAAGAGGACCGAUGACAUCCCUGUGUGGGAUCAGGAGUUCCUUAAAGUGGACCAAGGCACACUCUUUGAGCUCAUUCUGGCUGCCAAUUAUUUGGACAUUAAAGGCUUGCUAGAUGUUACCUGCAAGACUGUUGCAAAUAUGAUUAAGGGCAAAACACCAGAGGAAAUCCGAAAGACCUUUAAUAUUAAAAAUGACUUUACAGAGGAAGAGGAAGCUCAGGUACGCAAGGAGAACCAGUGGUGUGAAGAGAAAUGAAGCUCACUUUGACAAACACUGUAAGAAUUGUUCCCAAAAACACAUUACCUGGUUGCACUGCGCUCCUCAUACCUGCUGAUAAUUACCAGUACAAUGAAACCCCUUGUGUAGUCAUUGCAUGAUCUUCAUUGCUUAUGUGGUGCAAACAGAAAUAUAAUUUAAACUGUUCUUGUUUUUAUUCAUCUUUAUAUAUUGACCUAAAAUAAAUGUUUACUUCUUACAAAUAAGACAUUCAAUUUAUUGUGAUAAAAUUAAACAUUUUCUCAUCCUGCAACCAAGUAGAUUUGAUUGUGUGCUCAUUCUUAAGUCAAACGGAAUAGAAAAAACCCAGGAUUUUUUGAGGUGACAACUUGUCCUGUGGACUUGUUUAAUAAUUAUUGUGUUUUCUUUAUGCAUGGCUAUUAUUUUGCCUCUUAUCAUUGUAAAUGAUUAUUGUAAACUCUUCUUUUCAAACUAAGUUCAAAUUACUUUUAAGUUUAAAAAAUAAAACAGAAAAUAUU